AUGGACCCGAGGCCCAGCGAGAUGAAGCGAGUGUCCGAGGUCACAACGUUAUUAAGCGGCAGAGCUGAGAGUGGAGCCCGGUGCUGCCUGAAUCCUAAGCAGAGAAUCGGGCGCGUGGCUCGAGUUGGGUGCCUUCCUCUUGGUCUUGAGAUGAAUUCUGAAAGGAAACAACUCAGCGGGCCCCCGGUCCUCCUGAUUUCAGGGAGCAGGACCCCUCUCUGGGUGGUCCAGAAACAAGCGGCCGUCAUCCGGGCAGGAGCUUGUCCUCCACCCUCUCAGGCCUUCGGGCAGCCCUGGGACAGCAGCUCCAAAACUGCUCGCUAA